AGUCUUUCUUUCACGUCGGCCAAACACUUGCCAGGCAUGUCUAAGGCAUUGUUGGAUGACCCAAGCUUUGCGCAGCAAACUCGGCUGUUUUCAAGGGGCAGUCUCAGUAGUCAUGUCCAAGCGUUGGUCGUGCGAUACACUAAGAGUUGGGUUUGGUGAAGUCAUGGAUGAUGCCAUGGCCGAUGAAGAAUCCAAACUUCUAAAGGAGAUUGAGGAAAUCGAAGCUCGACUUGGGCAGGUGUGUCCGUCUGAAAUCACUAUGGAACCCCCCAAAGAGCUGCCCAGUGUGGAGCAGCAGGUUAUUGAGCCUUCCCCUGUUGCCACUACUGCUGACACUACCGUUCCUGAAGAAGAGUACCCGCUCUCCGGAGUGGAUGAAGAUCCGUACAAUGACUGUGACGAUGAUGAACUUCAAGCCGAUGACCUCUCUGUUCAACUGGCUUUGGCCUUUUCUUCAGUGUCUGUACAGGAAGAGCCACCAGAGAAUGAGGGUACUAACCAUUCUCAAGCGAGCGAGGUUCAGGCCUUUGGUGACGAUGCUGAAGAGGAACCUGUUCCGGGAUCCAAGCCUCGUCGAGAGCAGACCCGUAGGGAAAAGCUGCAACUAGCAGCAAAGGCCCGUAUCAGACGGAUGGUAGCAUCAAAGAAGAAAAGGACAGACUUGGAAGUACCUAUGUGGGUGAUCCAAGAGUGGUCCAAAGGCACUAAGGCCAGGGACAACAUGGCAGAGGUGCUUCAGCGUACCAAUUGGGACAAGGACAAGUUUUUGGUUGAGCUUGAGAAGGUGGUUACAAGCCGUCAAACUAUCACCAUCAAGAAAGACGAGGGAUGGUAUUCAGAGUACGAAAUGAAGAACGAUCUGAAAUGGUCAGCGUCUCGCAUCGCUGGAGCCAAGAAGUAUUGCGAAUCCAAGGGUGACAGCCAUUGCAGGCGGAACUGCUACGACGGUGUCAUGGAGUAUUGGGUCUGCGUCCGCGAAAGCGGAUCUCAUGAGGAGUCGUUGGAGGUUCUCGAGACAAAGCGCUCACGGGAGCAGGCACAAGAGUCCAAGCUUGAGAUUGCGCCAGAUUCUUUUAAAGCUGUCAAUGCCUACAAAGAACGUGGGUCUGAUCUUGCUGCGAGUGGGGCUGACAAUGCUGCUAGCAUGUCUGAGAACAAGCUGCAUGUGAAGCGAUUCAUGGAUUCCUUGCUCGGCAAAGCUACAAAGCUGAAGUCGUGCUUGAAAGACUUGAACGCCAACUUCACCCAAGAAUCCACUGCAUCGUAUACCAAGUCGCUGAACGACAACAUCAAGACUUUGGACACUGAGUUUGACAAGCUGAACGAUCUUGUAGCCGAGGGAGAGAACUCUGAUUUUGGAAAGGAGUAGGCUCCUUAAUCUCGUGUACCAGACUAGCUUUGCCAAACCCAGAAAAUUAUUUACUCUGAGGUGGUGGGGCAAAGCUGAAAAGCAAAUGAAGUCAGCCACCUAUUCGUCGAGUCGCGCAGCAGCCUUGGAGUUGAAGAUUCGGAAAUCGAAACCAUUCUUGGAGAAAAAGGGUGGUGAGCGCAAGGACAAGUCUGAUGCACCACCUCGUAAGAGGAAAAACGGAAACCAGACUGCUGGCAAGGCAAAGGCUCACAAAGAAAAGUAGCUUCUCUGCCU